CACCGCGUGUGCGACUUCGCUCCCUCUAUCUCGCAUUGUUUUCGAUAAUCGGCCCGCGACCGAACUCGCUAACCGCCCGUCUCUUGGAUCCACGUCCGCGUACGCGAUCUAUGAAUCCGCCGUGAAACUACGCGGAUAUAAGAUACUUUCGUAGCUGGUACCGCGUCGUGCGCGACCGGGAUCGUAGAUCGUCGAUCACGUGCGACGCCCGGCGACCUGGAAGUUCGGACUAGCCUGGGCCGAGGGUGGAUAGAUCGAGGGAGGAUCCUCGGAAUGAGGACCGUCCCCGCGAUCAAGGGGACGCUUCGAUCGGCCCUCGUCCGGUGCAAGCUCGGGGAACGAUCCUGAGCCGAUCGGAUGUCUGACGAGGCGCUACCGUCGAGGAUAACUGGCAGACAGCUCUGGCUGUCCCCGCGCGCACCUAGAUUUCUCAUCGGACGAUUGCUCCGAGCUUCCAUGAAGGCACCGCACCGCAGCGACCAUGAAGACUGAUUGCCUGCCAAUAAUUGCCAAGUUCUGUGCACUGCUGUCGCUGAUCGGUCCGCCGCGCAAUGCUCGGGCACUCGAUAUACAAUCGUGCAACCAAUCCUUGGGGAUGGAGUCCGGUGACAUACCGGAUUCAGCCAUUACGGCGUCCUCAUCAUAUGUGACGAACGUCGGUCCACGGAAUGGCCGGCUCCGGAAGGAGACAGCCGGCGGUGCCUGGUGCCCGAAGAAUCAAAUAGAACGAGGAAUCCGUGAGUGGCUUCAAGUGGAUCUUCCUGGACCUCACGUGAUCACUGGUGUACAGAGUCAGGGUCGUUACGAUCACGGCCGUGGCCAGGAAUACGUCGAAGAGUAUACCCUGGAGUAUCGACGUCCCGGGUUCACCGAGUGGCGGCGAUAUAAGCGCUGGGAUAACAAGGAGGUCCUAGCCGGAAACAGCGACACAUCCACCAUAGUGUCGCAUCGAUUAAUCCCACCGAUAUUCGCCAGCCAGAUCCGUGUUUUGCCGCACUCCGAGCACAGACGCACCGUUUGCCUUCGAAUCGAGCUGAGAGGCUGUCAGGACACGGGUGGUGUUGUGAGCUACACCAUACCGGAAUCCCCGACGGCGGAGCUCAGCGACGUCUCGUACGACGGUAAAAGGCAGGACAACUUGUUGACCGAUGGUCUAGGCCGGCUAAUCGAUGGCGAGGUCGGCGCGGAUAAUUACAGGCUGGACAUGGGAGAUGGAAGAGGCACCGGCUGGGUCGCCUGGAUGCGCGACACCUUGGAGGACGACUACGUGGAGCUCGUGUUCGAGUUCGACGUAACCUGGAUCUUCGAAGCGAUACACAUUUACACGAACAAUUAUUUCUCCCGUGAUGUACAGGUAUUCUCUAAAGCGGACGUCUGGUUUAGUCCCGACGGCGAGAGCUACGAGGAGGAGCCGCAAUCUUACUCCUACAUACCGGAUAUCGUUCUGGAGAAUGCGCGGAACGUGUCGAUAGGAUUGCACGAGCGUCGCGGGAAGCUUCUAAAGAUACACCUGUACUUCGCUGCCCGAUGGAUCAUGAUCAGCGAAGUGACAUUCGACGGAACCAAUCCCUAUGAAAACGUCACCGAAGAGUCGGCGUCCGAGUUCAGCAACCGAGAAAUUCCAAUGAACCCCGAGGUGGAUCUUAACUUGCAAACAAUUACAGCUGCGGGAGAGGGUCAGGAAUAUUUAGAAGUACUAAUAGGUGUUCUGACUGCCAUUAUCCUACUUCUUCUGCUGGUGUUCGUCAUUAUUCUACUUCUGAAUCGACGGCAAAAACUUCAGAGCUCGCCGACCGUGUUGAAAAAUCCAUUUGGAUUUGCCAUAAACAUGAAGGGCCUUCUCUUAAAUUUAACUCCCGGAGGGAUGCUGGCAGAGACUGCCAAUCACGUUUCCCCGGACAUGCCGGAGGACGGGAGCAUGCACGAGUCUUUAACAAUGGAACAAUUCAAUUCACCCCUUGUCAGUCCCCAGUAUAAAUCUACGUAUGCGAUAGUAGCUACUUCCGAGGAAUCCCCAAAAGACUUGAAAGAUGUGAACGUAUCAGAGGAGAGUGUCCGACUUGAUACAAGACCAGAAUCGACAGUAGGUCCGCCUAGUUGCUCCUCGUCGCCGACCAACUCGCCCGCACGUCAUUCUCAGUACUACAGGACUCUUCAAAGUUACACCAGUCCAACUGCGAAACUCAAUAUCGCGGCUACGUCUAAUCACCAACGGGACGUCGAUCAGAUCCACUCAAAGCGCUGGCACACGGCGCCCAAAGAAAAACACAAGAUACCGGCGCCAGUGGUUAGUUGGAAUAUCGCGCCCAGCAUGAACAAGCCAUACAAGUGCAAGGAAAUAGAACCCACCAAUAUACCACGACAGUGCCUACGUACAACAGAGAAACUUGGCUCGAGGAAUAUCGGCGAGGCGAUAGUUUGCGAAGCAGUCGGAUUGGAGGACGUGGUACCAAACGCAUCGAGAUUGGUAGUGGCUCGCGUACCGGCUUGCACCAGCGAUAUCCGGGCCGGUAGUACGGCGGAUCAAAUCAGAGAAGUCCGAUUCUUGUCCAGUCUAUCCGAUCCGAACGUAGCUCGGAUUCUGGGCGUGUGUUCGGUGGAACCGGUGCCGUGGACGAUCAUCGAGUACACGGAACUCGGUGAUCUCGCCCAUUAUCUUCAGUACAGUGUGCCACUUACCGGAACGCUUAGGCCGAGCUGCAAUUUGAAAGCCCUUAGUCAAGGCUGCCUGUUGUACAUGGGAACGCAGAUAGCAUCGGGCAUGAGGUUCCUCGAAUCGAAGAAUCUGGUGCACAAGGACCUGGCAGCCAGAAACUGUCUAGUGGGCCGUUCUUACACCGUGAAAGUGACCGACAUAGCGAUGUGCAGUGACCUUUACAAAAAGGAUUACAGUGACAUAGGCGGCAGACCGCCGGCGCCAAUCAGAUGGCUGCCGUGGGAAAGCAUUUUGCUGGACAGGUAUACUUGCUCGAGCAGCGUUUGGUCCUUCGCCGUUACUCUCUGGGAAGUGAUGAGUUUGGCCAGGGAAAAGCCUUUCCAGCAUCUAACCAACGAUCAAGUCAUUCAAAAUGCCGAGCAUAUGUACUAUGGAGCCGAGUUGCAGGUGUAUCUACCAAGACCGACAAUGUGUCCCGACGAGGUCUACAGAAUGAUGUGUUCGUGCUGGCGCAGGGACGAGACCUCCAGACCCACGUUCAAAGACAUUUACACGUUCCUGAAAAACCUGAUCGCUGACUAUCGGCCCGGUGCAUAAUAAUCCCACUUAACUGUGAUACCAAAAGAGAACAAAAAAAAAGCGGACGGAGAAACCUACUUUCAAACGAGUCGAAGAAAUCGACCCCUCGUGUUUGAACUCUUCGGAAGUGUACAAUCGUUAGUUUUUAGUGCAUGCGUUGGAAAACGGGCCGCGUCGAAUUUCGAGCUUCCUCGAAUCACGAAAAAAUCCUUGAGGGGGAAAGCUUCUCUGGGUGAACUGUCUAUCCACUAGCUUUGAACCAGAAACCUUUGAAAGUUCUCCCAGUUCUCGAUCACUCAGUCCCGAGUAUAUUCUUCGUCUAGAAAAUGAGAAGUCAUCUUAAGAUAUCGCGCGAUGAAAGUUCGCGCGUUACUCGGGACCUAGUGAUCUUUCGUCGUCAGCGGACACGCGUCGUCACCGACAUUUUCUAGUCAGUUCGGUCCUUCAAUUCCUAUGAAGCUGGUAUUGUGUACAGUAUUCUGGACACUGAUGAUGCUGAGCACUGAUAAGUCUAUCCACUUGUACAUACGAGUUCUAGAUAUCGGCGCUAGAUAACACACGGGGAGUUUCUCGCAGUAGCUGGUACUUUUAUAGUGUGCUUUUUAUAUAACUGUCAUUACGUUCGAUCGACGCUCGAACCGAUUCGACAUCGAGUCGGGCGAACCCGCGUUUUUUUCACGGAUCAGUUCCAUUAAGAUACGUUCGACGAUUCCAUGGAAUCGAAGUCUGAUUCGACGCGAUAUCGUCCGAUGUCACCGUCGCGAAUCAAACGGUCGACCGCCAGCUGCGCGUGGAAAUUCCGACUAACUUGUACAUUCGAAGCCCGUCAGUAGCGAAGUACUUAUAUCGUUCCAUUGUAUUUCCUUUUCGUUCGAAAAGAGGAAAGAGAUCUCACUAUCUUUAGCGGGCAAUAGACUCCGACACCUGAUCGACACUACUGAAAAUAUUUAUUGCAUCACGGAAAACCGCUGUCGUUAUCUGUAAUUCAUUUGCGACUUAUCUAAGGUGUAGAUAUUAAACUAGCUACAUUCAAGUUUUUCUUAGAGUUCAUUAGUUUCUCCGACUUCCAUAAUGUCUCCGACGCUUUCUUCACUUUUCUUUUUGAUACGGUAGAACUUCAUUUGUAUGAACUCGUUGGGCGAUAAACUGUUCAAGUAACUAGGCUGUUCAUAUUAUAAGAGUCCACUGAUUUGUUCCAUUCUUCGGAUCAUAGUGUCUUUACGUUUUAUGAAUUUGUAAAUUACUUAUGUAGUAAUUUAGUAAACCCAAGCGACUUAGUUUAAGUAACAAAGAACAACAAAACUAAAUAUUUUGUAUUACUUAUGAUAUAAUGUAAUAUAACUAUAAAGUGCAUGUAUAAUUAGAUUAACGCUGGCCACUAGUUCAUACUAGAAGUCCAGUUAAAAUUCACUAAUAAUUAAAAACAACUUUUCAUUUAACUAAAUGAAGUUCUACUGUAUUUUUAACAAUCACGACGCAGUUGAAUGUUUGAAUCCCAGGUGCAAAUGCAAUUCCAAUUGAAAUGCCUUCUGUAGUCAACAAAACGGUAAUGCUGAAUACCUAUUCGAAGAAUGCAACAAUAUCGGAAUAUUAAUAUUGAGUGUGGUGCGAGUGUUAUGUGAGAAUAAAUUUGCGAAUGAUGCUAUAAAUAUUUCCAGUGGCGUAAGUCUGUUCUUCGCGCGAACGCGACGCAUACCCACGCUCCUUCUUUGAUCUACGAUUAAGGGUAGAGAUCCAUGGGGGACGCACAGUGGUCCAGAAUGUCGGAUUGGAAGGAAAAGAUUCGAAAUUAUGUUUUAUCGAUCACAACGCUACUUUGUCUGCAUUUGUAUGUUUUAAGCCCAACGUAAUCAAAAUCAAAUCGAUAGUAUUAAUCAUUUUUUAAACAUAGUGAAAUUUGAAUUUAAAAAAUUGGUAACUUACUAACAUACGUAACUUUUGUAAUCCACUUCAUUAUUGAUUCACGUAAGACCAGAGAUCACUAUGCAUUUAAUUAAGUAACGUAUAUUAUAGACAGAACAGUCACAAAUAUAAAAAUUAUAAAAAUUUUGAUCUUUUUUCCUAUGAAUCGCACGAUCUGGAUCACUGUGGGACGUAACGACGUAACUGUCAUGCUUCGAGAGGAAUCGAUGCGAGUCUUAAGCUACGCCGUACUCGAAUUCCAAAGACCGCGAACGAACGUUUGAACGCGACUAUAACGGGGAGACAAAAAAAAAGAGAAGAAAACAACUUUCGUGAACGGAUGUGAUCGAGAUCGAAACUUGCCACGCCUUGUGAUCAAAAAACGUGGACGGUGUCGGUUAUGGAAGGGGGGAAAGAAAAAAAGGGAAAACGUGUUUAUUGUUCGUUCUUGGUUAAGUGCCAAAGAGAGUCAAGCGUUCAAACGUUCCCCUCUGCACGCACCUUUCUGUAAUUCUUAAGAUGAAUUCAAGUAUACGUUCGAAUGAUUAACAAUAAAGUACUGAGUAUUCCUUUCUGAUACCGGCUGUGUUAUUCUUUUUAACUUUUGAUUGAAUUCCAGUGAAUUUGUUUUAUGAUGUUUAUC